AAUGCCAUCUCAUCUGGCCCCACCAAACAUAUCGUGUAGGAAUAAAUAUCCUUUUGGGCGGGGCUCAUAUAGAUCUCCGCACGGAAACCAGCUUCAUACCCGCAAGAGCUACACCUAUAUUAAAUUUAGGCUUUGGGUUCGGCAGUACCAAUCUUGCACUCUGCUUGAACACAUAUAAGACUGCGAGCCCCUGACUGACCGAACCCGAUCACAUCAAUUGUCUUAUUCAUCCUACCAUUUUUCUACUCGUACACGAUGUCUGACACAGUUGGCAAGACCAUUACUUGCAAGGCCGCCGUGGCAUGGGAGGCCGGCAAGCCGCUCAGCAUUGAGGAUAUCGAAGUCGCACCCCCCCAGGCUCAUGAAGUCCGUAUCCAGAUUUACUACACUGGAGUUUGUCACACAGAUGCGUAUACACUGUCCGGAAAGGACCCCGAGGGUGCAUUCCCUAUUGUCCUUGGUCACGAGGGUGCCGGUCUCGUCGAGUCGGUCGGCGAGGGAGUUACCAACGUGAAGCCUGGCGACCACGUCGUUGCUCUCUACACACCCGAGUGUAAGGAAUGCAAGUUCUGCAAGUCAGGAAAGACAAAUCUAUGCGGCAAGAUCCGAGCGACACAGGGUAAGGGAGUUAUGCCUGAUGGCACCUCCCGAUUCAAGUGCAAGGGCAAGGACCUGCUUCACUUCAUGGGAACCUCGACCUUCUCGCAAUAUACCGUGGUAGCAGAUAUCUCCGUCGUUGCCGUGCAACAAGAUGCUCCUAUGGACCGAACAUGUCUGUUGGGAUGUGGUAUCACAACGGGUUACGGUGCCGCCAGAAUCACUGCCAACGUUGAGGAGGGUUCAAAUGUCGCUGUUUUCGGCGCAGGCUGUGUCGGACUCUCUGUCGUGCAGGGUGCCCUGGUACAAAAGGCGGGCAAGAUCAUUGUUGUCGAUGUGAACCCUUCAAAGGAGGAGUGGUCCAAACAAUUUGGUGCUACCGAUUUUGUUAACCCUACGAAGCUCGGCGACCAAAGCAUCCAAGACAAGCUCAUCGAGAUGACAGAUGGCGGCUGCGACUACACCUUUGACUGCACCGGUAACGUCGGUGUCAUGAGGGCGGCUCUUGAGGCCUGCCACAAGGGAUGGGGCCAGAGUAUCAUCAUUGGUGUUGCCGCUGCGGGCCAGGAAAUCUCUACUCGACCAUUCCAACUGGUCACUGGCCGUCAAUGGAAGGGAUGCGCUUUCGGUGGUGUGAAGGGUCGUUCUCAAUUGCCUGGCCUGGUCACGGAUUACCUCGAGGGUAGGUUAAAGGUUGAUGAGUUCAUCACCCACAGAAAGACGCUGCCCGAGAUUAACCCUGCAUUUGAGGUAAUGAAGGCAGGAGACUGCAUUCGUUGCGUGGUUGACAUGAAGAACAUUUAAAAGGUUGAGUGCGAGUAGAAAGCCAUAAUGCAGGCGGUUCAUUAAAAAAUGAGGAGAAAAUGUACCCGGAUGGCCAUCCCACCACGCCUGGCUAGCUUUUCGCAAUACAGAAGUAAAAUUAAAAAAAAAAAAAUUUCUUUCCAA